CACUAAGCAAAGCAACACUAUUAUUGACGCCGACUUGACGCCAUUGUUGCAGUUUUGAUAUUCCAAAAUAAUUUUCACGUGCUCUCUCAUAGUAUAUGAGUUACUAUUUGAUUUAAUACAAAACAAAGAAAUUAUGGCCGACAACGACGACCUUCUCGACUACGAGGAUGAAGAGCAAGCGGAUCAGCAGACCGCUGAAGGGCCCACAGAAACUGCAGCGAAGAAAGAGGUUAAGGGAUCUUAUGUAUCUAUUCACAGCUCCGGCUUUAGAGAUUUUCUAUUAAAACCCGAGAUAUUGCGAGCCAUUGUCGACUGUGGUUUCGAGCACCCUUCAGAAGUGCAACAUGAGUGUAUCCCUCAGGCCGUUUUGGGCAUGGACAUUCUCUGUCAAGCAAAGUCCGGUAUGGGUAAAACAGCAGUAUUUGUUUUGGCGACUCUGCAACAAUUGGAGCCCACUGACGAUCAUGUGUACGUCCUAGUUAUGUGCCACACGCGGGAACUCGCUUUCCAAAUCAGCAAGGAGUACGAGAGAUUCUCCAAAUACAUGACAGGCGUGAAGGUGUCGGUAUUUUUCGGCGGUAUGCCCAUACAGAAAGACGAGGAGGUGCUUAAAACCGCCUGUCCCCACAUCGUUGUAGGCACCCCUGGCCGUAUUCUCGCGCUAGUGAACAGUAAAAAGCUGAAUCUAAAACAUUUGAAACACUUCAUACUUGAUGAGUGUGAUAAAAUGCUCGAAUCUCUGGACAUGAGGCGAGAUGUGCAGGAAAUAUUCAGGAAUACCCCCCAUGGUAAACAGGUGAUGAUGUUUUCCGCUACAUUGAGUAAAGAAAUCCGCCCUGUGUGUAAGAAGUUCAUGCAGGAUCCUAUGGAGGUGUAUGUAGAUGAUGAAGCCAAGCUGACACUGCACGGCUUGCAGCAGCACUAUGUUAAACUCAAAGAAAAUGAGAAGAAUAAGAAGCUGUUUGAGCUAUUGGAUGUAUUAGAAUUUAAUCAAGUAGUUAUUUUUGUAAAAUCAGUACAGCGCUGUAUAGCUUUAGCACAGCUGCUCACCGAUCAAAACUUCCCAGCGAUCGGCAUCCAUCGCAACAUGACCCAAGAUGAACGUCUCUCCCGGUACCAACAGUUCAAGGACUUCCAGAAAAGAAUCUUGGUGGCUACCAAUCUCUUUGGUCGAGGUAUGGAUAUUGAGAGAGUGAACAUUGUGUUCAACUAUGACAUGCCUGAAGAUUCUGAUACAUACUUGCACCGAGUGGCCCGAGCAGGGCGUUUUGGCACCAAAGGUCUCGCAAUCACCAUGGUAUCUGAUGAGAACGAUGCCAAGAUCCUGAAUGAAGUACAGGACCGCUUCGAUGUCAACAUCACCGAGCUCCCCGAGGAAAUAGAACUUUCUACUUACAUAGAGGGACGAUAGAUAUAUUAAUUUAGUUUGUCAUUCCUUUCAUACUUACGAUUAAUCAACUGUGUUAAUAAAAUUAAGCAUCAUUUUCGACUGUAUUGAGUGUGUAGUAAACAUAAGUUUCUGUUAAUUGACAGUCCUGCGAGACUAUUCCUUUUCAUCUAAUAUAAUGGUUUUUGACAUUAGAUUCAAAACAUUGUGUUAUUAAAGAGACAUUUCUAUUGUACUAAA